UAUAGGGCUGAAUCAGGUUAUGGUAGAUAAACAUAACUUCCGUGAACGGUCGUAACGGGAAAUACGAAGAUGACAAUCUCCCUUGGGUUUUCUCCAGACAAGCUGACUGAUAAGGUCACGUGUCACCCUUUUUUCCAUAUCCUCUUUCGUCUCGUAUUCUCUCUCUUCUCGUAUCCAGUAUCCUCUUUCCAAACUUGGUAGUCCACCUUCUUCAGUAUUGAUGAGCUCACAUUGGAUACUGUGAAUAGCGUAGGUACUAUUUCUGGACAUGUUCGGCCUCGGCGGUUUUGGCAUUCAUGUCUGGGCAAAUACAUAAACGACCUUCACACCGCCGUCGCCUUCAGACCUACAUCGAACGACUUUCUCACCACUCAUUCAAUAGCAAAAUUUCGAAACGGCAACAACAAUGGGCAAAACGACCUUUACCGAUACUGGACCAACUGCAUCUCGUCACACUCCGCCUGUCAUGCCACCUCCACCCUACGUUAAACAGCAUUUCAUAAAGCCCAGCUCCUUCAAGUCUACCGUCAACCAAAAGCUUGACAAUCCUCUCGUCUCACUGUUUCAACUCAGCGUUCGACUUCUUCAACUUAUUUUCGCAUUCGCGUCUGGAAUCUCUUAUGCCAUCGAGCUUGCACACGGUAGCGUCUCGUCUACGUCAAGCUUCGUAUUCGCCCAAGUCGUAUUCGGUAGCACGCUCAUCACCCUGAUCAUCUAUGGUCUGACAGUCCGAUACUAUCGCUUCUCUUGGAUGGUCGAGUGGGUACUGACGAUCUUUUGGAUUGCUCUCUUCGGCGUAUUUUACGAAGCGUAUCUGGCAACUGGGGUUGAUGAACGCUAUCAAGGUGUGAAUAUGGGACGUAUGAGGAGGGCUGUUUGGUGCAACCUUGCCAACGCGUUGUUAUGGGGGGGAAGUGCAAUAUUUGCGUCGGCAAUGUGUUGUUCGGGUGUCAGGGGUGCUGUGAAAGCGAAGCUAGAGGAGAGAAGGCAAAAGAAGGAGGGAAAGAGAACGAUGAAGUCAAUAGGGGAGAUGGAAACUGGGACGGUGUCUGUGUAAAAACUCGAGAACGAAAUAAGACCACACAUCUUUGAGCAGACUGUAGUGGACAUAUUGUAUUGAGAAAUAUGGAAGACUGGCAAAUGGUAUGGCAUGGAGAGCACCAGAGUAUUGCUGUUGUUCCUGGACUAUAUGGCUUUGGAAUUGACAAGACGAAGUACGAGGACGAGAGAGA